UGGAAGUCCAACGAACUUUGCUUAGACAUUUUAAUGUUUACGAUUCAGAUCCGUAUUUAUCUACUUUCAAAUAAUCACCUGUCUGUUGAGUUAUAUUUGUUUACGUUUUGCUGUCGUAAAGCUUUCCAACCCAGAUCAGCAGAUAUUUUUCGUUGUUUUAUAUAAUUCUGUUCGUUUGAGUUAUUUUUUAAUUGGUCUACGUAAUAACAAGGUAAUAUGAUUCGUAAGGCACAUGCUUUAAUGUCAUCCUCAAACUUCGUGGUGAAUGAUCUUGACACCCACAAGUGACUAUCCUUGUGGGAAAAAAAGUGAAAAGCCCCCGAAUUAUCUCUUGCAGUUCUCCACUGUUUAUGAGGAUAGAGGACUAACUUUCCUCACCUCUAACAAUUUUUGACCCUUAGUAUUUGGACAGUAUAUAAAUUUACUUAACAUUGGUCACCAAAUGAUCUACAUGGUGUAUAUGCAGUUUAGAUUGGAAAUUUACCUGAAUUUAUAGCCAUGAAUUAGUUUAGGGGGCAAAAAACAGGUUUGACACAUUUUUCUAGACAACACGCUUAUGGAAAGGAAUAUUGGGAGAGCUAUAAAAUUUCAUAAUGCUGUACGUAAUUCUUUCAAUAUUUAUCAUAAUUAAUCAGUAAUUCAUUAGAUAUGUUGAAUUCUGUGUUGUAGUAUCGUGGUAACAUGAAGAUAAUGAAUUGCUUAUAUUAUCAGUGGAAGUAUUUAUCACCAAAACAUAAGAAAAUGUCUUGGUCAAGUUAUUUUCCUGUUAGUUUCAUGAACUAAAUGAAAUGGAUGUCUUUGUAUACCAAGUUGAACAUGGCGGUGAAUAGAUAUCUCGUUAAUAUUAUUAGCUGCUUAUUAUUAGUGUAUAGCGUUGGAAUUAUUUGAUAUUCUUGCAAUGACAGUGUCUUAAUUUCUUCGAGAGUUGAAGUUUCGAGUCGCGUUUUAUCUCAUUUUCUUCUGGAAUGCUGGAUAUUAUUAUCAACCUUUAAACAAAAAGUGCGAUCUGAAUCUCCUGGUAUUUGAAUCUGUAGUUGGUUGGUUAAUCACAUUGAUAACUAAUUUGAGGUGAAUUUUGAUAUACAAGUUAUAUGAAUAGAUAUAUGCCUCUUGAUAGAGAUCGCUAAAGUAAUGGGAUGAUUAGUCUUGAACAUAUCUUCACUUUUUACCAUUUCUUUUUGUAAAUCUGAACUAGGAUUCUUUUGCUUGUGUCAUCUAUUUGUCCCGUAGUUUCAGUUCUUUGGCUCUAGUUCUCUAUUGCACAUUGUUCUUUUUACUUAUUUUAUAAUAAUUCUGAGAGGUGUAGCAAUAUGAAUUAAUGCAAUCCACCCAUAGACUAUAUUAUUUCACUUGUUCGGUGUUGAUGAUUAUUUAACUAUCUGUUAUUUAUAUUCUAAGUUUUGUUUCAGUAUUGUUCUACUAAUAUUGGCUUAUUAUUUCCGUUAUUCUAGUGCUUGCUAAAUAUUUGAAAAUCCAGCCACUUGUAGGCUUACAUGCCUAACAUAAUUAUCAUUUCGUUAUGACGUCUACAAGUAGUGAUAUUGUUCCAGUUGGCACAAUAAUCAAAGAAAGAUGGAGAGUUUACACUAAAAUUGGUGGCGGUGGUUUUGGUGAAAUCUAUGAAGCUGUUGAUAUGAUCAAUCAACAAAAAGUUGCUGUGAAAGUUGAAUCGGCACAACAACCGAAACAAGUAUUAAAAAUGGAAGUUGCUGUACUUAAACGAUUACAAGGACGUGCGCACACGUGUCGUUUUAUCGGUUGUGGUAGAAAUGAACAGUUUAAUUAUAUAGUAAUGAGUCUUCAAGGUAAAAAUCUAGCAGAUUUAAGACGAUCAACUCGUCGUGGAUGUUUUACUAUAAGUACAACUGUACGACUAGCUCGUCAAAUGCUUGUUGCUAUUGAAAAUGUCCAUAAUGUUGGAUUUCUUCAUAGAGAUAUAAAACCAUCAAAUUUUGCAUUAGGAACUGGGAUCGGAUCUGGCGCUGUAAAUCCUAGACAAAUUGUGCUCCUUGACUUUGGGUUGGCUCGUCAGUAUACAACUGCUAAUGGAGAUAUUCGAGCUCCUAGACAGGUAGCUGGUUUUCGGGGUACUGUCAGGUACGCUUCUGUUAAUGCUCAUUCAAAUAAGGAACUUGGACGCCAUGAUGAUCUCUGGUCGUUAUAUUAUAUGCUUGGUGAAUUCAUAGUCGGUGAAUUACCUUGGCGAAAAAUCAAAGAUAAGGAGCAGGUUGGCUUGAUGAAACAAACGUUUGAUCAUAAUCAGUUAUUAAAGUUUAUGCCACGUGAAUUUAGACCAUUUCUUGAACAUAUUCAAAAUUUGACCUAUUUUGAUCGUCCAGACUACAUAUAUUUGCAUUCUUUGCUUAACGCUUAUAUGGAACGUCGUAGGAUAAAUGAAUCUGAUCCAUUUGAUUGGGAGAUAACAACUGAGCCUACGCCUGUUACUGGUGCUAAUGAGACUAAUCAGCACCAUACAACACAAACACCUAUAGCAACUCAACAAGCUGCUCAGGUCACUGUAGCUGGAGCACAGGGAACACUAGAUGUCUCCAAGCUCCGAAAGGGUAUUCCUUCUGGAGUGGAUCAAAAUAGGCUAAAUGUUGGUGCAGGCUCAAGUGGAUAUAUAAGUGGAACUAGAUUGGCCGGAAGUAGUUCAAACUUAGCUCUUGUAAGUCCAGUUGUAACCACUUCAGUGGCUAAUGUAGGGAAAUCUUUUGAUGCUAUCCCAUGUCAUGGUGGACCAAAUGGUAGUGCCUUAAAUUCAAGAUCAGUUGUAGUUUCACAUCAUCGUAAUAAUGUUGACGAAAUUUUGAGCAAUCACAAUUCUCAGCAGCAACAAGGUAACAAUACACCGCGUAAAUCAUUUUCAAAUGCAUGUGCACGGUCUCAUCGACCUGCCACUACUCCACGUCUUGUUAAAGAAGCUGGAGCGGCGAGAGCUCGUGAAGCUGCCUCUAAAGAUGUUACCAAAGUAGAUCAUUUUUACUCUCCACAUUCUCAAGCUAAUCGUGUUUCUCCUUCAGCUAAAGUUGGUAAUACCGACUCAGUUUGUCAACCAACGGAUAGUUCUAUACCGAUUAGUUGUGGACAUCGUAAUAAUGAUCCAAACAGACUUCAACCUGGUAUAGGAACAACGAACAGCAAUUCAUCAAAUCGUCGACCUAUAAGUGCAGGUGCAGCUCAUCUUAGAAGUAGUGGAGGCACUAUAGGAAGUACAGCAAGUGUUGUUGGGGCUGGUUCAGGGACGCGAUGCGACACAAGUUGCACACAUGCUGUCAUUGUAAUGGUCGAUCAAGGAGAAAAUAGUAAUUAUCAUGAUAUGACCAAAGCUGUUCCCCUUACACUCGCUAGUCAUUGGAUUGCUGGUGGAGAAGAUGAAGAAGGUUCGGGCCUCUCUGAAAAUGAAGAUGCUGUCGUAAAAGUUAGAGGUCCAGCUUCUUCUGUUGCUAGUGCUUCUGGUGGGGUUGGAGACGAAUACGAUGCAUCGAAUCAUUUGAACAAAUUUAAUGGAACAAAUAAUCAAUUACCUGAAUGUAGGAGUGGAGAAGACAAUGAAGUAUUUCCCAGAAUGCAGUCAGAAAAUGGCAAUAAUGACAAUAAUUACUUUUGUAAUUGUGACCCUAGUAUGUUAAAUUCUCAGCGAGUCUUUCAACCUUCUGGAGAUGUUAACAAGGAUGUUGGAUCUGGUUCUUAUCAAGAGCCAGGAUCAGAUGAAAAUAGUGGAGAGAGAUCUUCAGUGAAUGUACCUUAUAUUACACCUGGCAGACAAGUAUCUAUUUCUUCUCAACACACAUAUGGAGAGGUUGAAAGUGGUUCCUACAGACAUAAUAUCAAUUCUUUUGGAAAUCGAGGUGUUGCACGUAAGCUAUCCCAAGGAUUUCGUCGACAAAGAGCACUGCCUCAAUAUCUUACUUCAGAAUCAAAAUUACUUCCAAGUUAUGGUAUGCCUACAGCCAAAGAAAGUCGUUUAGUCAAUUCACCAACUCGCUUGAAAUCUUUUAAAAGUGAUAAUGAUAAUAAUUGGAUCACUCGAAGUGGUGGUGAUUUAACGCCCCAGUUUCCAAUUCCAUUCUCACGUUCCACAAGUCCAUACCAUCCUCAUGGCUUAGAAAUUGUUGAUGAAAAUACUAGUAUACCAGUUUCUAAGCAUUCACCAUAUAUUACACAAGAAAUGGUUGAUCGCAGAGGUCGAAUCCAGUAUAAAGAUUUACAUGAUCAUGAUUAUCGUGAAUCAGGAAAUCUAAUUAAUCAGUUUCAUUUUGAUCCAAUUGUUAAUUUAAAUAAUAAUCAUAAUGAUAAUAACAAUGCUAACGCUAAUAAUAAUCACAAUUAUUCAAAUACAUGGAAGUUUAAUCAAAACAGUAAUUGUUUUCCUAAUCCACCACAUUUAAAUUCUUCUAAUUCCAUGUAUCAUCAUUUACAACCUGUCGAGAAUCAAUCAAAUCAUAUGAGUCGUUCAAUGAUAUUAUCACAAACAAGCAGUGCUGAGCCAUCAUCCACAUAUAACCUCCUCAUGCAUCCAUUACGAAUAAAUAAUGAAAAUAAUGAGAUUAAUUUGAAACCACCAAAUUCAUCAUAUUUAACUGAUGGUCCUAUCUUUUAUAAAUCACCGUUUCAAUAUUCUUCAGCAUCGCCAUCUGUCACAAAACCAUUAACUACUACUAUAAUAUCACGUGAUUAUUUUCGCUCUCGUCCUGAUAUCUCUUCAGCAUCACGUCAAUAUUAUGUUUCACAACCAAAUAAUCAUUUCAAUACAACUACACGACGUCCGACAUUAUCGGUCGCACAAAAUAAUUCAUACUUAAAAGCACCAUUUUCUAAAUCUGAACAUAAUCUUUUACAUGCUGUGGAUAGCUUACCGGAAUUGGAAAACAGACGAUUUCAGCCUACAGUUGAAGAUGAUAGUUACUUGUUGGUAUAACAAAAUGUUGGUUCUAAAAAUGAAGGUCAUUCCAUCUUUUACAAUACAAAGGUAGCUGUAUAUUAUUGUUGUUGUCAUGUGGUGGGUUUUUUUAAUUAAAAAGUUUCAUGAUGAAUUAAACUAUGCACUCACUGAUAUAUAUGUAUGCACAUACAGCUUAACUCUCUCUCUAUAUAUAUUGUUACUUUAUUUCUGUAAUAAACUUUACAUAAUUUCAAUCACUUGGCCAUACUUUAGUUUUGUUGCACGAAAUAUUAUUAGUUUGCUCAUCGUCGAUAUUUUUGUUUAAUAAGUAGUAUAUAAACAAUUUCCUGUAUUAUAUAUAUGAUGUUUAAUAUUGUUUCUUUUUCGUCGUUGUACAUUGAAUCUACGUUGUAAUAAUUCAAUGGGAAAAAAUAGUAACAAAAUAGAAUACAACUUUAUUCCAUUUC